AAGAUCCUCAAGCUGCCUUUGGAGAGACUUUCGACACCUGGAGGUGCUGCAGCCAGCGGCGUCUGCCCCCCUGCUGCUCCCUACUACUACAAUUACCUCUCCAUGCAGACCACUCAUGAGCGGACGAGCGUUCUCAGUCUAUCUCUGGAUGAGCUUUCCUCCAGGGAUGAGAUGUUCUCCACAGAUCUGGACGAUGCAGAUAUUUUCCCUAAACACGUGUAUACAGGCAGGAGGCUUGCAGAGGUUGUAACUGGUUCUCCACAAACUGCUGAUAAAGUAGAAGUGUGGCCGCCAGGUUCAGAGAGAUUCAUGUGUGCCUGCUGUGGGAAAAGCCUCGCAAAAGGGGUGGGAAGGAGCAAAGUCCACAGCUCCAAGGUGUCCAGAGAGGAAGCUGAGGACUCUGAGGAGGAAAGCAGUUUUGGGAGAGGGUGUGAGCAACCAGUCAGAGUGGUUGUGAGGAAGCAUUCUGCACCCAGGAAGCCUCAUUCUCUCCCGCCAAGACUUGCUGCAAAAUCCCGGUAUAAGAGAGGCCAAUACAAAGACCCCUCAGAUCCAGUGAACCAGGAGGAGGGUCGUGAGCAGAUACCAGCUGAUGAUGAGAUAGUAGAAAUAGCUGGUGGUGAGCUGCGGUGCAGCAAACAGUGUCUGGACAGACUCCGCAGAGAGGCUCUGACCAAGUCAGACCAAGGCAGGUGGGGAGAUGGUGACGUGAUUCCCAGGAGGAGACAAGUGACCCCUCUGCAACGACAAG